AUGCGACACCGUCAAGGCUUUCAAAAUUCAACCAGCACCCGAAAGAACAACACUUAUGAAAGACCGAAUAUAAAACGUAAGGAUGAAGUGAAUCAGACCAUAUCAAAGCGUUCCCAGCAGCAAAUCACGCCCAACACAAAUCAAAUCUCUCCGAACUCUGUGCUAAAGCCUCAAUCAUCCGCUCAGCAAAGCCACGUUCAAAAGCAGAAUAUUAUUGUACACCAAAAGCUAAGAUAUCCUCCAAUCCGACAUGAACUUCUCAAGUAUUAUGGCAUUAGAAAUAUCAUUGAUGAUGAUCAAAUUGCUGAUGUCAUAUUUCCAUCCUUAAGGUUAGCCUUCAUAGUGGUUGGGAUCGAGAAUAUUGUUCUUCCAAACUACUCGGAACAAGUUGGAAUCAAGAAUAUUGCUCUUCCCUCUGUCUCCCAAUAUCGUUCUUUCUCCUCAACACCUUCUGAUUUAUCAAUGCUUAGAAAAGCAACUCUGGAAGACAUUUGUACUAUUGGCUCCAUAUUUGAGAGAUCAUUUGUUCUUGUUAUGAUCAACAACAAAAAUCAAAUGGGAAAGCUCUUGGUCUUACAAAAAAUGUUGACCUCUCAUGUCAUUCAAAGGCAAACGAAUAGAGAGAUGUUCCUUAAAUCUCAUGAUGACCAUAAUCCAUCCAAGAGAAAAAGAGAGGAUCCGAAUUCAGCUAGCAAGUGCGACAGCAGUGCAGAUACAGAUGCACCAGCUCCGUAUAGACCUCCUCAAGUACUGCCUUGCAGCUCAACGGGUAAGAUGAUACAAUGUAUUCAAGAAUUGAGUAAGGUUGAAGGACGAAAGCAACGUGUGAAACAUAGCGAGCAAGAAUUAGCAGAGUUCAUGAAUCAACAUCAGGCAAAUGCAGAGAGAGCAUUUGUCAACUCUCCCAUUGCUCAUGGUCUCUCAAGUUAUGAAGCAAGUGUAUUGUUGCAAGGAAUGGGCUCUGUUUCGAAGGUAAUUUUGUGCCAAUCGCCUCAAGAAAUUAUUGCACGAACUCCUCUCGAAAGGGAGAAGGCAACAUUGAUUUUCGACUUUUUCAAUCCUCCCCAAGAGAACGACAAGUUAUUGCAGAUGCAAGAUGAGGAAAAUUCCUUCUACAGAGACAUGCAUCUCAAUGAUGGCAAAUAA